AGGCCAGCGUUGGCCACUCGACCGGGUUAUCCGGUACAUUCUGUUGAAUUGAAAAUGAUCUUCAUCUUCACUCACCUGCGUGUGUUCUACUAGACAGCCACGAAGACUAAAGUGUUUAUAGUGAAUCCACUUUCCGUUUCUUGCGUUGGAUUGGAUUGUUGUGCCGUUGUUAAGCUGCAUUAUAUUGAAUCAUGAUAUUCUUUAACUGGAAUACCUUAUUCCUCUUCGGACUUGUCGUCUACCUUCUCUACAAGUACCUAACCAGAAACCAUAACUACUGGAAAGAAAAAGGUGUACCCUACGAAGAACCAUACUUUUUGGCGGGAAACUUUUGGGACGUUUUUUCAGGCAAACGCCAAAUCGGGAAGCAUCUAGGCUAUUUGUACAGCAAAUACAAUACUCCUUACUUUGGAAUAUACAUAUUAGGAAAGCCUUAUUUAGUGUUAAGGAACCCGGAGAUUAUUAAAAACAUCACCAUAAGAGAUUUCAAAAAUUUUGAUGAUCGAACCUUCGCUUGUGACAAAAAUGCUGACGAUAUGGCGGCUAAUAGUCUCUUCAUCAUGAGGAACCCUGACUGGAAGUACAUACGAGCAAAAUUAACGCCUAUUUUCACUUCUGGAAAGCUGAAGCUUAUGCUGGGCAUUAUGAAAGACGCAGCAAAAGAAAUGCAAAACUAUUUAUCCCAGUGCGACAAUAAGAUAGUAGAAAUUAAAGACGUCUCAUCAAAAUUCUUGACUGACAUCGUAGCUUCAUGUUUCUUUGGCUACGAAGUAAAAUGCUUCAGAAACGACCAAUCAGAUUUCGUCCAUUUCACUAAAAACUUAUUUUCUCAUAAAGUAGCGCUGUUGCCGUUCUUCCGUUUGUUCUCGUAUUUUUUUGUUCCUACUUUUGUGUCGCUGUUCAAGUUGAACUUUCUGGACAACGCGUUGUUGAAGAAAAUUAUUAUAGAUACUCUUUAUUAUAGAGAGACGAAUAAUAUCAAGAGACAUGAUUUUAUCGAUUUACUGAAACAACUCAACACGAAUUGUAAAAAAGAAGAAGAUUGCGAGAUUGAAUUUGGUACCGAUAGACUGAUUUCCCAAUUAAUAACAUUUUAUAUCGCUGGAUUUGAGACCACUAGCAAUGCUGUAGCUUUCGCACUUUAUGAGCUCGGUCUCAGAACGGAUUGUCAAGACAGGCUGAGGGAGGAAAUAUUGAGUGUUAUAAAAACAGAGGAGGAUAUAACCUACGAAAAUAUACAGAAGUUGAGAUAUCUGGACAUGGUUCUUUCAGAAACCCUUCGUAGAUAUCCCUUUGGACCAUUCCUCAACAGAAGAUGCCGAGAAGAUUAUGUUAUCGAGCAAACUGGCUUGGUUAUAGAAAAAGGAACUCCUGUGUUGAUUCCUCUUGAUGGUCUUCACUAUGAUCCUGAAUAUUUUCCAAAUCCAGAGGUAUUUGAUCCUGAUAGAUUCGUCGAUGGAAAUAAACAUAGAUAUCUUCAGUCGUGCGUGUAUAUGCCUUUUGGAAUGGGACCAAGGAACUGUAUUGGUGAUCGUUUUGGUUUGAUUUGUGCUAAAAUUGGAUUAGUGUACUUUUUACGGAAGUUUAAGAUAGACAAAUGUUCAGAAACACCGGAUAAGAUGAUGUUGAAUCCAAGGAGUCCCUUUAUGGUGCCUCUCAAUGGAAUCAAAAUGACUGUGCACAAAGUGUAGAUAUUUUUAACAAUAUUUUUUCAAAAAUGACGUUUCAGUUAUUUUUUAGUAGUAAUAACAAAUAUAAUAAAAUAUAAUGUAAUAAAUAAUUUAUACAUAAUUAUAAAUAAAACAUUGACAAUUUA